AUGGAAGCUAUCAAGAAAGCGUUUGAAGCAAGCAAGACACAGCAACGCGUUGCACUGAUCACUUAUGUGACAGCCGGAUUUCCCACAGUAACUGACACCCCCAGCAUCAUGCUCGCCAUGCAAGCUGGUGGCGCAGACAUUAUUGAGCUCGGGAUUCCCUUCAGCGAUCCGAUGCUAGACGGACCAACUAUUCAACGCUCCAAUGCUCGAGCCCUCGAGAAUGGUGUCCGGAUCCCCACCAUAUUACAAAUGGUCAAGUCAGCCCGCAAUCAGGGUCUUAAGGUCCCCGUUUUGUUGGUGGGCUACUGCAAUUCUAUCUACGAAUACGCGUUCGGGGAAGAGAAGCUUCUGCGAGACUGCAAAGCUGCCGGGGUGGAUGGGUUCAUCAUGAUGGAUUUCCCGGACGAUGAGGCUGUGCGGUUUAGCAACUCGUGCAAAGCCAAAGGGCUAUCUUACAUCCCCCUCAUCGCCCCGACCACCUCAGACACCCGCAUGGAGAAGCUUUGCAGCUCUGCUACCUCAUUUGUCUACGUUCUCUCCCGCGUGGCGCCUGACGAGGCCCAGGAGGAUUUGGAUGAUGGACUGAGCAAUCUUCUGGAUCGUGUCCACAAGUUCAAUGGAGACGAUAUCCCAGCAGCUGUUGAUUUCGACAUCAGUACCCAUGAGCAGUUCAUGGAAGUUGCUUGUCUCGCCGAAGGUGUGGUGAUCAGCAGCUUUAUUGUCUCUGUUCUGGAAGUGGCACUCCAAGGCACCGGUUCGCAGUGUGUGAAAGAAUACUGCCUCAACGCUGCUGGACGCGCCGAAGCUAGCAUCAUCAUACCUGAACGGCAACGUGUUCGACAAAUCAUAUCUCCAACCACCGUCUACCUUGCCAGUGACGAUGGAGCCAACGACAUUGAAGGAGAAUCUGAAGAGAUGCCGGAAAUCAGGGUGGAAUCAGGCGCCAACUUCCGCUGGGGCGAAUUUGGAGGUCAAUACGUUCCAGGAUCGCUGAUGCCCUGCCUCGACGAGCUUGAAACGGCCUGGGAUGCCGCAAACGCCGAUCCAGCCUUCUGGGCCGAAAUCGGCUCCCAUGCCGGCUACAUCAACCGACCAUCUUCCCUUCACGAAGCCCCCAGGUUGACGGAUCAUAUCGGUGGUGCCCGUGUUUGGUUGAAGCGCGAGGAUCUCAACCACACUGGAAGCCAUAAAGCCAACAAUGCCCUAGGUCAGAUCAUCCUAGCCCGCCGCCUCGGCAAAACAUCCAUCAUCGCCGAAACUGGCGCUGGCCAGCAUGGUAUCGCCAUGGCUACCCUGUGCGCCCAGUUCGGGCUUAAGUGUACCAUCUUCAUGGGAUCCGAGGAUCAUGAGCGCGAAGCUCCCAAUGUUUGCCGCAUGCGCAUCCUCGGCGCAGAAGUCAUCCCAGUCGAUGGCCCCGACGGUAAAGGAAACCUUCGCCAUGCAAUUAACCAGGCAUUCCGGACCUGGGUCACGGAUCAGGAAACGACCCAUUACGCCAUUGGCUCAGUCAUCGGUCCGUGGCCUUGUCCGAUUAUAGUCCGCUCGUUCCAAUCUGUCAUUGGCACGGAGACCCGGGCUCAAUUCCAGACUAUGAAUGGGAAACUACCUGAUGCUGUUAUUGCCUGCGUGGGCGGGGGAUCGAAUGCCGCGGGCAUGUUUCAUGCAUUCCUGAAGGAUUCGAGCGUUCGCUUGAUUGGAGUUGAGGCAGGUGGCAUUGGCGAAGAAGAUGGAGAGCAUUCUGCGAGUUUGACUCGAGGAUCUGUUGGCGUUCUACAUGGCGUGCGAAGCUAUGUGCUCCAGGAUGGGGAUGGUCAGAUUCAGAACACGCAGUCUAUCUCGGCGGGUUUGGCCUAUGCUGGGGUUGGUCCUGAAUUGUCGAGCUGGAAGGUUUCUGGUAGGGCCACCUUCAUCUCGGUGACUGAUGAGGAGGCUUUGGCAGCUUUCAAAUUGCUGAGUCGGCUGGAGGGCAUAAUACCGGCACUUGAGAGUUCUCAUGCUGUUGCCGGGGCUCUGAAAGUUGCCCAGGAAGUUGGGGUUGGCGGAGAUGUGAUCAUUUGCCUGAGCGGAAGGGGAGAUAAGGAUAUUCAUAAGGUUGCCGAUAUGUUGCUCGAGGCGGACCUUGCGUUGUAG